CUGGAGAAUCAGGAAAAAGCACCAUUGUGAAGCAGAUGAAGAUCAUCCACGAAGAUGGCUUCUCGGGAGAAGACGUGAAGCAGUACAAGCCUGUCGUCUACAGCAACACCAUCCAGUCCCUGGCAGCCAUCGUCCGGGCCAUGGACACUUUGGGCAUCGAAUACGGUGACAAGGAGAGAAAGGCCGACGCCAAGAUGGUGUGCGACGUGGUGAGUCGGAUGGAGGACACCGAGCCCUUCUCUCCGGAGCUGCUGUCCGCCAUGGUGCGCCUCUGGGGCGACUCGGGGAUCCAGGAGUGCUUCAGCCGCUCUCGGGAGUAUCAGCUCAACGACUCUGCCAAAUACUACCUGGACAGCCUGGAUCGGAUCGGGGCCAGCGACUACCAGCCCACUGAGCAGGACAUCCUCCGAACCAGGGUCAAAACCACCGGCAUCGUAGAAACCCACUUCACGUUCAAGAACCUUCACUUCAGGCUGUUUGACGUCGGGGGCCAACGGUCUGAACGCAAGAAGUGGAUCCACUGCUUCGAGGACGUCACGGCCAUCAUCUUCUGUGUCGCGCUCAGCGGCUAUGACCAGGUGCUCCACGAAGACGAGACCACGAACCGCAUGCAUGAGUCCCUGAAGCUCUUCGACAGCAUCUGCAACAACAAGUGGUUCACGGACACGUCCAUCAUCCUGUUUCUCAACAAGAAGGACCUGUUCGAGGAGAAGAUCAAGAAGUCCCCGCUGACCAUUUGCUUCCCCGAAUACACAGGCCCCAGCGCCUUCACGGAAGCCGUGGCCUACAUCCAGGCCCAGUACGAGAGCAAGAAGAAGUCAGCCCACAAGGAGAUCUACACCCACAUCACCUGCGCCACCGACACCAACAACAUCCAGUUUGUGGUAUUCGACGCCGUCACCGACAUCAUCAUUGCCAACAACCUCCGGGGCUGCGGCUUGUACUGACCUCUUGUCCUGUAUAGCAACCUACUUGACUGCUUCCCGGACUCUCUGCUGUUGACCUUGAUCUCCUGGUAGCAUGACCUUUUGGCCUUUGUAAGACACACAGCCUUUCUGUAUCCAGCCCCUGUCUAACCUAUGACCCCAGAGUGACUGACGGCUGUGUAUUUCUGUAGAAUGCUGUAGAACCCGGUUUUAGUUGAGUCUCUACAUUUAGAAUUUGAACGGAAAAAAAAAAAGAACAUUUCUCAUGUGCUUUGUAGCUUAAAAGGAAAAUGGAAAACUCACCAUUACAUCCAUAUUUCUCUCUCUCUUUUUUUUUUUGAAAUAAACAUACAUCUGCACCUCCCCCACCAUCUCACCUGGUGGCAGGUGUGGGGGCACAUCCCUGCAGAGGUGCCAGGCCUACCUGUCCGCACCAGGUUUCCAGAAUGUGCUCAGACCGGGUUGCGCUCUGCACCCACCACCCACCACCCGCCCCCCACACAUACACACACCCCCCCAGCCACUCCAGCUACACGCUCACCCCAGGUUUGUAUAGAAAAAGCACAGUGCUCACUGGCCCGUAGCUGCCCAGAAUCCGGAUCAUAUGUACAAAGAGCCCCAUCGAAAACAGUUUUCCCACCAACCCCCUUUCUACAGACGCCCUUUAUCAUUGCUUUCGGUUGUUUAGUUUUCUCUUUGUCCUGAUGCGCCCUGUGUGCCACAUACCCGGUCAGCUUUCCUUGUCUUUGGGAGUUGGGGUUGCGGGUUUUUUUCCUUUGACGUUUUCGCUUCUCGGUCUCAGAUGGAUGCUCCCCGUGUGUGUGUGUGUGUCCUCCACCUUCUCCUCUGUCUCGGUGACCUGUGUCCACUCUUUCUCACGUGGGGAGGGAUGUUUGUGCCGCAGAUAAAAAGAACAACAAAAAGAAUCCCCCACAUUUCUUUUAAACGCCACAAGAUGGAAAAGAAAAACACGCAAACAUUUAACAAGCAAAGAUGGAAUGCAGUGUUUACACGAAAGCCAGUUUCCAUGACCAGUCCUGUCAUUUCUACUCUGACUCGUAUUCAAACCCCAAACCUCUUCACGGUUUCACUUUUAAGACAUUUGCUGAAGACCAGUCACAGCCAUUUCAGAUAAAAAAGGAGGUAAAACGACUAAACACAAAAAAAUUAAAAAUACAGGAAAAAAAAACUUGGAAAAAAAAAAAAGCCCACGGUCUUUCUAAGCCUUUCUAUUCCCAAUCGGUGAGGUUUCUGUGAUAUCUUACACACUGCCAGUCUACUUCUCUGACUAAUGGAAAUUCAUGUGUAGCUCAAUAAAGAGAAUGUUUGUCUGUA